GCCAGAGCUAUCUCUCCUCGAACUGCUGGUACGAGUACGAAACUACGUAGUACUACUACAAUAGCUAUUCCGGUUCGCUACCAGCCUCGAGCCAGACUGGCUAGCUAGCACCAUAAUAUUUUAUUAUUCUUUGAAGUCAACCAAAAAGUGUGUUUCUACUUUCUCGCACAAGUUGAUACUGCACGAGUUACAGUAUAGUUACUGCACUCACAAGCUCCUAAGAAGAUGAUGAUGAGCUCUCCCAAAUCCACUCCCAUUGCAACACCCAAGUUGGAACAGUUGGAUCGUUCCGAAUCUGAAUCCGAUUCCAUCAACGGUGGUUCCGAAGUCUUUGAGAACGACAGCGGUGGUGGUAAGGAAGAUUUGGAUGCUGAUUUCGAAGGUAAUAGCAAACAGCAUCUGGAGCCUGAAGCCCUGGAGUUGGCCAAGAAGGAAAACAUGUAUGUUUGGUAUUUGCGAUUUGUGGUGACGGCCUUGUUGGGCGCUGUGGCCUUGGCGGUUUGCCUUUCAGUCUACUUCGUGACCAAACGCAGCGAAGAAGCCGACAUGGAGAAUGACUUUGUCGAUUUGAGUGAAAAGUUGGUGGACACCUUUGAAAUAACCUUUCAGCAACGAUUUGGCAUUGUGGACAACUUUGCACAAGAAUUGACGUCUUACGAGAAGGAUGCACCCAAUGUGACAUGGCCUUUCGUCACAAUGCCGGACUUCGAGCGUCGUGCUGGACGAACGGCCGCCUUGGCCGAUCUCUUUUGCAUCCUGAUCUUGCCCAUGGUGCCCGCCGAGCAACGCGUCGAAUGGGAACAUUAUGCUGUCGCCAAUCAAGGAUGGAGAGGAGAAGGCUUGGCCUUGCAACAAGGGAUUCCCGUCGAGGACGUCCAGGUCAGACAAAUGGAACCCCGAAUGGCCAAAUUCCUCCCCGAUGGCACCAUCGCCCCCGAGGAUCGACCGGGACCCUACUUUCCCAUUUGGCAAACCUUUCCUGCUGUAAACUUGGAGGGUCAUACUCUUUUGAACCUAUACCGAUGGAGUCCAUUGUACACCAGCAGCAUUGAUUCUGUUUUGCAAAACAAGAGACCCGUAUUGCCGGCCAGUUACGACUAUUGGGGGGCUCCCAAGGAUGACAUAAGAAGAGCGGUCUUUAACUUGUACAUUGUCAGCUAUUCCAGGUACAGCUCACAGACAUACGAAGAUGAUCCCAUCAUGUCCUUCUUCUAUCCCAUCUUUGACAGGCUAGAUGGGGAACCACAAGACCGGGAGGUGAAGGCCGUCCUACUGGGCGUCAUCUACUGGAGAACCUACCUCAACGGAAUCCUACCCCCUGGAGCCAAUGGCAUUCAUGUCAUUCUCGAGAAUCAAUGUGAUCAGACAUAUACCUACCGUGUCGAUGGGACAGAGUCCCACUUCCUGGGUCACGGGGACCUUCAUGACACCAAGUACGACUACCUUGAAACGCAAGUGGAUCUAACCCUGGGCAAGGAUAUUUAUGCCGAUAACAACAACACUGCUGACCAAGAGCGCCUGGAAGCGGAUUGUGGAUACAAACUACGGGUCUAUCCCUCGCAGCAAUUCCAUGACUCCCACACUACCAACAAGCCACUCAUAUACACGAUUUCGCUUGCCGCAGUCUUCGUCUUCACAUCCGCGGUCUUUCUCCUCUACGAUUACUGUGUCGAACGUCGUCAAAAAGUCCUUCUGAAAUCAGCACGGCAGUCAGGAGCCAUUGUGCAGAAUUUGUUUCCGGAAAAUGUACGAAAUCGAAUGUAUCAAGAACAAGAGCAAGAAGACAAGAUGAGAGACGGAAAAGAUACUUGGAAGGCAGAUGGGGGUACUGGUGCAGCGGGCUUUCACGGGAGACCCAAUGCGGACUUGUUCCAAGAGACCACUGUCUUUUUUGCUGAUUUGGUUGGAUUCACAGCUUGGAGUUCUAAACGAACCCCCGUAGAAGUCUUCGAGUUACUCGAGGCUCUGUAUGGAGCCUUUGACAAAAUUGCAAAGCGCCGUAAAGUGUUCAAGGUUGAGACGAUUGGUGACUGCUAUGUAGCAGUGACUGGGAUUCCAGAACCACAGGAUAACCAUGCUGCUAUCAUGGCUCGAUUUGCUGUCAGUUGCAUGGCAGAGAUGAACCGAAUGACUCAUGAUGAGUUGGCUGAGACCUUGGGGGAAGACACGAAAGACCUAGAAAUGAGGGUUGGACUUCACAGCGGGCCCACAACUGCCGGAGUACUCCGCGGGGAGAGAGGCCGCUUCCAGCUCUUUGGAGAUACGGUGAACGUGGCUUCCCGCAUGGAGAGUAAUUCGGUCAAAGGUAGGAUCCAUGCAUCACAAAGCACUGCAGAUGCUUUGACGGCAUCUGGCAAAGGCCACUGGUUGACUCCUCGAGAAGAAAAGAUCCUGGCCAAAGGCAAAGGUGAGAUGCAGACCUACUGGGUCCAGAUCAACCCAGGAACGGCAAGAACUGGUCAAUGUUCUGCCCAUUCGAAUCAUUCCCGUGGUGUAAACAAUGAAUUUGUGGCUGUGGCCAAUGUCUAGAAGCAAGGAUUCGGGACAUCUGCCAAAAACUUGCCUUGGGUCUAUAUGGACCACAUCCAACAACCAAGGAAAUCAUGAUCAUAACAUCCCUUACACAUCCCUCCAG